UGUGAGCUCAGAGUGGAGGACAUGGAUUAGGGGAAGGAGGGGGGAGGAGAAGUUUCCUGUGUGUGUGGAGAGAGGACGCUGGUGCUGGGCUUGUUUUUCGCACAUCGGCUGCUUGUUUUUAUUUUAGAAUUAGCGACAUUGGACACAACACAUUUCAGUGGAGGCUGCGGGAGAGGAGGUGACGGUGACCGGCAGUGAGGUAAUUUAAGGAGCUGGAAUCCAACUAAUAAUAGAAUACAAGGCUGCAGAAAGAGACAAUGUGGAAAUGAAUCUUGUUUCCUGCUCUAGCCAACUAAAGAUAUAAUUUCUUCUUAAGCUUCUGAAUGGUUCAAAGAAACUAUUUUCAUUUUCUGGAUAGAAGUUUUUAACUUAUACAUGAUGAGUCUCACAGGAGAGAGACCACAUCUGUGCUCUGAGUGUGACAGAAGCUUUACACAUAAAUCAUAUCUUAUCAUACAUCAGAGGAGUCACACAGGAGAGAAACCAUUUACAUGUUCUGAAUGUAGGAAGUGUUUUUCCCAUAAGUCAUCUCUUGUUAUUCAUCAGAGGAGUCACACAGGAGAAAAACUAUUUACAUGUUCUGAAUGUAGGAAGUGUUUUCCCCAGAAGUCAUCUCUUGUUAUUCAUCAGAGGAGUCACACAGGAGAGAAACUAUUUGAAUGUUCUGAAUGUAGGAAGUGUUUUUCCAAUAAGUCGUAUCUUGUUAUACAUCAGAGGAGUCACACAGGAGAGAAACCAUUUACAUGUUCUGAAUGCAAGAAGUGUUUUCCCCGGAAGUCAGAGCUUGUUAUACAUCAGAGGAGUCACACAGGAGAGAAACCAUUUGAAUGUUCUGAAUGUUGGAAGUGUUUUUCCCAGAAUUCAUUUCUUGUUAUACAUCAGAGGAGUCACACAGGAGAGAAACCAUUUACAUGUUCUGAAUGUAGGAAGUGUUUUUCCCAGAAGUCGCAUCUUGUUAUACAUCAGAGGAUUCACACAGGAGAAAAACCAUUUACAUGUUUUGAAUGUAGCAAGUGUUUUCCCCAUAAGUCAUCUCUUGUUAUGCAUCAGAGGAGUCACACAGGAGAGAAGCCAUAUACAUGUUCUGAAUGUAGGAAGUGUUUUUCCAAGAAGUCAUUUCUUGCUAUACAUCAGAGGAGUCACACAGGAGAAAAACCAUUUACAUGUUCUGAAUGCAGCAAAUGUUUUUCCCAUAAUUCAGCGCUUGUUAUACAUCAGAGGAGUCACACAGGAGAAAAACCAUUUACAUGUUCUGAAUGUAGGAAGUGUUUUUCCCGGAAGUCAUAUCUUGUUAUACAUCAGAGGAGUCACACAGGAGAAAAACCAUUUACAUGUUCUGAAUGUAGGAAGUGUUUUUCCCGGAAGUCAUAUCUUGUUAUACAUCAGAGGAGUCACACAGGAGAGAAACCAUUUACAUGUUCUGAAUGCAACAAGUGUUUUACUAGAAAGAAAACACUCAGUAAUCACAUGCAGAGUCACUCUGAGGGCCUGAAUGCAGCUUGUGUAUCAUAAGUAAUGUAACUUAUCACAACUGUAUGAAUGCAAUGGAGCCAAUAUUUAUUUUCUGAAUGUGAUGUGUUUUAUAUAAUUUACUCUAGAUAAAGACAGGAGAGGUCAGACAAGUGGACCUGGAGGUACUUUUUCCCUUGGGAAGGUCUCUGUUUUAGGAACUAGAGCUGCAGUAUAACAAUAGCCAAUGACCGUGGGACUGCCAUUACUGAGCUCUGUAAUAUACAGCUGUUCUGCUCAUGCAGGUGCUGGGACCAGUAGAGAGUUCCAGCAGCUCCUCUCAGUACUGGGAUUCCUUCUCUGACCAGCAGGGCUAUGAGUGCUGGGUAUUUCUACAGGAACAAUGUAUGCUGCUCUGUUUCACCAUAUGGGUUAUAUUUACUAAAUAUCAGUUUUUCAAAGCCACUGAUUCUUACUGUCUAUGAUCGCUGGAUGAUAAAGGGCAGUAAUAAUACAUGUAAAUUCAGGCUUGUUUUGCUUGUAUUUCUAUUGCCCUUUAAAUCCAGCACACAAAUGGAGUGAAUCUUUGGCUUUAAAAAAAUUAUGUGUAGUAACUAUAGUAUACCCGCUACAGGUCUUUCCUCUGGUCUCUUAUACCUCCGUAUUAUUUCUCUAAUACCUUUUAUAUUACUACUAUUACUAUUCAGUAAAAUGGUGCAAGUAAAACACUGGUCGUCUGUAUCCCAUAGCAACCAAAUGAUAAAACUUGUUUGUUUGCUGGCACUAGACAGCUAAUAGCUGAUAUCUGGUUGCUAUGGGUUACAGCACAUGCUUGCUUUCCACAUCAUGUAAGUAAAUAAGUUCCAAGUUGUGCGCAUUGGGCCUAAUUCAGAUAUGAUCGCAGCAGCAAAAUUGUU